UCGGCCCGAAACCCUCGCCUACAUACUUCACUAAUCCCCACCAGUUUCGCGCAAAACCCUCGUUCAUGUUCCUCGAUACAGUCGCCAUUAGAGCUAUUAGAGCUAGCUGGGAAGGCAACGACGGGAUCGGGGCGUACAGAGACCACCGAAACUCCCAUCUUUCUCAUCUUUCAGCUCCGCUCCUACCAGAAACCGUUGAGGAAGAUCAUGAAUGGAACUGCAAAGCUACCUCAGAAGCGCAAGCUUCCUCCACUGCCAGAAAAUGAGAAAAAACUACACGACUUAAUAUGGAGCAAACAAAGCUUAGGAAUAUGGACUGCAGACAUGAAGAAGCAAACCGGCCUUGCGAACAACGCCGUCACGAAGGCCCUCAAAUCCCUCCAAUCCAAAAACCUCAUCAAAGACGUGGUCAACGUCCACAACAAGGCGAGAAAAUUCUUCAUGGCCGUCGAAUUCGAGCCUUCGAAAGAGAUAUCAGGCGGAACGUGGUAUUCCGACGGAACCCUGGAUCUCGAAUUUAUCAGGAUACUGAGGGAACAGUGCAGAAUGCAUGUUGAAAGGUUGAAGAUUGCGAGUGUGGAGAAUGUAUGGAAGUGUGUGAGGGAUUCUGGGAUAUUUAAGACAGAAUGUAGCUUGCAGCAAAUUCAGGAGAUUUUGGUGGCCAUGUAUUUGGACAAGGAGAUUGAGGAAUUGAUCAGCUCUGGUGUUGGUGAAUUCAGUAAUAUUCAGGCAGGAAAGAAAUGUUACAGAAGUUUGAGGGGUAGGGGGGGACCUAAAGCAGGAGGUUUAUCCUCAGUUCCUUGUGGAGUGUGUCCCAGGAUAAAUGAGUGCAGUCCUGAUGGUAUUAUUUCUCCUAAAACUUGUGUUUAUUAUCAGAAAUGGCUUGGUCUGGACUUUUAGAUUUGAGGUUUCUUUUUAAUUCAUAAUUCAC